CAGUUUUUGAGUUUAUGUCUCGAAUAUGGAACAUUCUUUCUUCAGUUUUAAAUCAAGUAUUAGCUAAGAAAUAGGAAGAAACGAGUGUUUGUGUUGUCGAAGUGAUUUUCACAAUGACGGAUGAUCAAGUAUCUUUUCAAAAAUUUUUGGUGGGUUGGUGGACAGAAGAAGCUGAAUGUUUGCUUCAAAGAAUAGAAAGAUGGACCUUACCACGUCGAUAUAAUAAACUUCAUUCUCCAAGACUAUCACGAGGAUGCAUGACCAUGCAAAAUAAUCAGAAUGACGUUUCCCAAUGGAACUGUUCUUCAUCAAGGUCUAGUUUUCCAAGACCAGUGCAAGAACAUUGCAGUUCUCUUGAUGAAAUACGCAGAAUUAACUGUCGUAGAACAUUUUACCAGUCUAACAACCGAUUUGAUAGCUCAUGCUUGGACGAUUAUAGGUAUGAUCAUAGUAUUUAUUUCAAGACGAUAGGCGAUAUUAAGAGCAGCAAGAGUAAACCUGAAUUACAACAAUCGUGCAAAGAAAAAACGUGUAAGGAUCUGAAUGAUAACAAUUGUGAUCUAAGUAGUGAUAAUGUUUCUGAUGAUGAGUUCUUAGAAAUUCAGAACCGACCAAGACCAGCUCCUAGCUUACGUCCGAAUCAAUGCUGGCCAAAUUACAGUCAUCCUAAUAUGGAUAAUAAUAAUAACGCUAAAAUUAAUCAUACAAAUAAUGGAGAAAACAACCAUGAGAUAGAUAAAAUAUUCAAGAGUUGGCCAAUUGUUGAUAUAGAAAACUUGAGUAAUUAUAAACAAAAUCAACCAGAACAAAUAAUUGUUAAUAGUAAUUAUACUAAUCAGCAAUCUCAAGGAGAAGUUGUAAAGCCAACUCAAUUAUCUUCAAACCCAGAUAGCAAACAUCGGACAGACUUGACAAGGAUCCUUAAUUUUCAUAAAUCAAGAAGGCCAAAAGCUGUUCAACAACCUAUGGUUUAUGGAAAUAAUAAUAUUUCAUGGCCUCGGGUUUUAUUUAGCUACAAUAUAGAUACAACUCUAGCAGCAUCUCAUCACUGUACUCUAAACGUUAAAUAAAAAUUUCCAUGGAUAUAAAAUUAUGAAUAUCAUUUAUAAUCAAUUAAAAACUUUAAGAAAAUAUGAUAAUUCGUAUUUAAUUGCAAUGUAAAACUCAAAUAUGUUUUUA